AUGAGUUGCACUUGCAGGGCAUGGGGUAGUGUAUGUUUGUCAGUAGCAUUCGUUUGGCAGCUCUACACCAUAUUUCUUCUCGUUCAUCUUCAUGAAUCCGUCCCUGGAAUUCGUCAUAGCAGAUACCUCUUUCUCGCCAUGGCUGCUUUCGGUAAAAGGUUGGGAAAGGUGGCAGCAGUAUUCCCGAUAAUGUAUCUUUCAGGAGGCACAUGCGUCAUGCUCAUCAUCACCGGUGGCGGGACCAUGAGACUAUUAUUCAAGACACUUUGCGACGACGAACACGGGCAGAGUUGUAAUGCCCACUCACUGACCGGGGCAGAGUGGUUCUUAGUGUUUACGUGCGUCGCCAUUCUCAUAGCACAGUUGCCCAACCUCAACUCAAUGGCCGCCGUUUCUUUUGCCGGCGCCGUCACCGCCAUCACUUAUUGCACCCUCUUUUGGGCUCUUUCCGUUAAGAAGGGUAGGCCCAACGCCGUGUCCUAUAGCUCAUCCCUUUCCCGAGAUUCCUCACCAGUGGCUAAGAUCAGUGACAUUCUCAAUGCCAUUGGAAUCAUUGUUCUUGCCUUCAGAGGUCAUAAUGUUUUGCUCGAGAUACAGGGUACGCUGCCUUCAGAUUUUAAAGAAACAUCCAAAGAACCAAUGCGCAGAGGAGUGAGCAUUUCAUAUGUGUUCAUUGCCAUGUGCGUGUUUCCUCUCGCAAUUGCCGGAUUCUGGGCCUACGGAAACCAGGCAAGCACUACUAUAUCUAGCUUAAUAAUAGAUGAUAAAGGGUUGUUUACUUCGUUCCCGCAAUUACACAAGAAGCAAGUAACGAAAUUCUCAAUGGGUGCAGUAUAUAUUCUGGUAAUAACACAUUGUUUGAGUAGCUACCAAAUCUAUGCCAUGCCUGUUUUUGACAACUUGGAGCUAAGAUACACGACCAUAAAGAAUCAGAAAUGUUCACGAGUGGUGAGAACAUGCAUUCGCUUAUUCUUUGGGGGCUUGACAUUCUUUAUAGCGGUCACGUUCCCAUUCUUGCCAAGCCUAGCUGCCCUUCUUGGAGGGUUCACAUUGGUGCCCGUCACAUAUGCAUACCCUUGUUUCAUGUGGUUAGCCCUCAAGAAACCUCGACCAAGAGGUGCUGUUUGGUGCUUCAAUUUUGCACUCGGUUGCUUAGGGAUGCUUCUCAGUGUUCUUUUGGUAGCUGCAGCUAUACGGACUCUAGCUGAUAAAGGUCUAAAGGCUAACUUCUUCAAACCAUAAUAUUAAUGCCAUUCACAAGUAAUUAGCAAAUGCCACUUAAUAAUUAGGAAUAACUUGUUUUCAACCCCAAUUUAUCUCUAUUUAUGCGUCACCCAAAAUAUAUAAGGCACCAAGAUUAAUUAAUCUAAUCUCUGGUUACGAGAAUAUCAUAUACAUAAAAUCAAUUUUUAACAUAUAAAUAUAGUAAGGUUUAU